GUCUGUCGUACACUGGGUACGGUGUAUCGCCUGGGUGGACAGUAUAGUUACUUCAACAUUAAAUGGAAUAAAAUGCCGCGGAUUCAUGUAAAUAAAGACGUCGCUUUAGCGUAAUUAAUUAACUGUUCUUAAUUAAGACGUUAAGACGUCCGGAGCGCGCGACGGCAGGCCCAUUUUCGGCUUUUUAUCAGCAAUAUUUCAGGGAGAGGAGCGACAUCCUCCUCACCACAACAGCUGCAGGGAAGUUUGUCACCUUUGUCCCUGUUGAACAAACGAUGAACUGAGGACCUCCGAGCCUCAACAUCACACAUCUCUGCGGCGUCCACACUUCACUCUCGCCACCGCGCCAGUAAGAGGAGUCGACAGUGUUGCCUCACCACACCUGGGCAGAGAAAUGUGUGUGAGCGUGUGUCCUCGGAUGCAUGACUGUGUCUGAGUGUUUUUGGGCUGAAGUAAGAGGUCGUAGGCUGCACUUCCUCUCUCAUCCUCUGAGAGGCGCUUCUCCACUUGACUGACUACGACGUUUGUCUCCACAACUGCAAAGCAUCAUGGGUAGGAAAAAGAUUCAGAUCCAACGGAUCACCGAUGAAAGGAACAAGCAGGUGACCUUCACAAAACGAAAGUUUGGCUUGAUGAAGAAAGCCUACGAGCUGAGUGUGUUGUGCGACUGCGAGAUCGCUCUGAUCAUCUUCAACCAUGCAAACAAGCUGUUUCAGUAUGCCAGUACUGACAUGGACAAGGUCUUGCUCAAAUACACAGAGUACAACGAGCCUCACGAGAGCCGGACCAAUGCAGACAUUAUUGAGACUUUGAGAAAGAAAGGCUUCAACGGUUGUGACAGUCCAGAGCCGGACGGUGAAGACUCCAUCGACCAAAGUCCCCUAAAUGAUGACAAGUACCGUAAGACCACAGAGGACCUGGAUGUUCUCUUCAAACGCUACGGACAGUCGGCAGCUCCGCCCCAGACGUUCUCCAUGCCAGUCACAGUCCAGGCGUCCAAUCAAAGCACACUGCAGUUCAGUAACCCUGGCAACGCACUGGUAACUACCUCCUAUGUAACAUCAUCGUCGCUCACGGAUACCCACCUCCUGUCACCACAGCAACCGGCUCUCCAGAGAAAUACGGUGUCUCCUGGGUUGCCACAGCGACCAGCCAGUGCAGGUGCUCUUCUUGGAGGCGACCUGAAUAAUUCAAAUGGAGGAUGCCCAAGUCCAGUCCCUAAUGGAUACACCAGUGCCAGGGCCUCCCCAGGCCUCCUCACCGUUUCCAACGGCAACAGUCUGGGGAAAGUAGUUCCGGCCAAGUCUCCACCCCCACCUCCCAGCCCCCAGAUGGUCAACAGCCGCAAGCCAGACCUCCGAGUCAUCACCUCACAGGGCGGAAAGAGCCUCAUGCAGAUGACAGAGGAUGAGCUGGAAUUGGUAAACGAGAAUGCUCAGCGGCUGGCAGCAGGAGCCCAGGUGGCACAAACCCUCACCACACCGGUGGUCUCUGUGGCCACACCGAGCCUCCUGGCACAGGGGCUGCCCUUCUCCGCCAUGCCAACAGCAUACAACACAGAGUACCAGCUGACCAGUGCAGACAUCACUGCUUUACACGCUCUGGCUUCACCUGGCGGCUUGUUGCCAACGAGUGUGUCCACAUGGCAACAGCAGCAGGCUGUUUCCCAGCAGCAGCAGCAGCAACAGCAACAACAGCAAGCACAGCAACAACAACAACAACAGCAGCAACAACUUAAUCUCGCAUCACUCAGCAACUUGGUCAUGUGGGGCGUGGACAAACAGAGCAGCGAGCUGUCUAGCCAGGUGUCCAGUCUGGCUGCCAAUCUGAGUGUUGGCUCUCCGUCCAACCUGCUCUUGGGUAGAGAUGAGUGGUUGGGCCGGCCUGUGACUCAUAUACCUCAAGGCGCCAUGCUGACUGUCAACACAAACUCCAGUGUGAGCAUCAAGUCAGAGCCCGUCUCGCCAGGCCGGGAUCGCAGCACCCCAUGCCCUCCUCCAUCUUCCACCACGCCGUCCUCAACCUCAGGGGGAGCCAUCCUGACUGCACCGCCACAGUACCCCGGCUCCCUGCUGUGCCUAGAGCCCCCGACCGGCCGCUCGCCCGCAGACAGCGUCAGCAGCAACGCCAGCUCCUUUGAAGGCAGUGAUCGCGAUGAUGCCGCUGCAGCUGGUGGCGGAGGCACAAGUGGAGGUGGUGGCGGUGGUGGGGGCAAUGCAGCUGGUGCUACGGGAAGCGUCGGCACCGGCAGCCGCCCUGACUUCAGUCCCUCGGCUGAGCUCCUCAGGGCGUCGAACGAACCAGAGCAGGAGGGAGGAAACAUCAAGCGCAUGAGAUUGGACACCUGGGUCACAUAGAGUCAUCUGCCACACCUCUCUGCACCCACAGUGAAGUUUUGGUGACCCACAACAUACACCCACACUCAUUCUUAAACCCCCCACUGCCCUGACCCCACUGCCAUGUGACACUAUCAUCACACAUCUGCCUCUGUCCAAAAUUAUACAACUCAGCUGCGUCACCCAGACUUAUGAGGCUUUGCCAAAAAAAAAAAAAAUCGAAAUAAAAAUCCUUUGGGGAUCACACUCUGAGUGAGGAGAGGAUGACUCAGCUGGAUAUUUUGUCCGAUAAAUAGAGGGACAGUAGAUUUUUAAAGCCUUCUUGCUUGAAUGGACUCCCAUAUAGUAAUUUCUUUUGGUAGAAAUGAGGUGUUGAACCUUUUCGCAAUCUGACAAAACCAUAAAAACAUUUAGAUGGUUUCACCGUCAUGUAUUUACAUCGAGCUCUGCUACAUUGUUCACGAUGUGAUUGGUGGCUUGUCAUCAUCAUGGGACUUGUAUGACUCACCACUUCCUGCUCUUUGAAAUCCAGCGUCGCUCGGAUCGUGUGCUGUCCAUUCUUCCAUAAGUCACUUCCAAACUGCACUUUUGGAUAGAACUUAAUCUGGACGUGUUUGAGGACUGAGCAUCAAUCUGGCACUGAGCAAACAGACUCAAACAGGGUCUUCUAGGUAAAGACACCUCAGCGUGAAUGGUUCCUUCUGCUGCCACAUUUCCCAACCUUGUACACCCAGGCAGGCCCCUCAGGUGGAGCUGAGCACCUUGCCAGAGUGCCAAUAUCAACCUCUCUACAACAACAACAACGACGACGACAAAAAAAUGCCAAAUGCCUCUCGCACACGGUGCAGGGACACUGACGAAUUAUCACUCGCACUGUCACGGAAACGAGAACUAGAAAACUGUUGAUGCUUUUCAGGCUUUGAAUUCGCCGUCACUCUCUCCUCAGAUGGGGCGCUCCUCCCGUCCUCUCACCUCAUCUCCUCUGGAUGGAAAUUGUUGCACCAGAAAUCCAGCCAGCCACUCAGCUUAUUACCAGGAGUAGAUGCCAUCCAGUUAAAAUGCACAGUAUGAGUUUUAUGAGCCUCGCUGGUGGCUUUUUUGGAUAGGGAAAGUAUUUGGUUCUUUCAGUCCAAGUGUUCUUUAUCUGUUGGUAUUUAAAAAAGAAAAUCUGUUUUGAAGGUCCGUUAGUUGUCCAGAAGUAGGAAUUCUGACUUUGUAUAAAAAUCACUCCUUAUACAAAAGCUUUGAUGUCCUCCUUAGCUCUCUCUAGCUCUCCUUAGCUCCUUGCCGUGUUUCAAAAAGUGAAAGGAAAAAGACAUUUUCUAUAUUUCUACCGCUUCAGUUGGCGACAAAGUAAAAUAGCUUUUCAGCUUCAACGACGUGUAUGUACAUAUGACUAUAUUUGCAUAGACUUUGCUAGGUAUCCCUAAAAACAAGCAAUGUGUUGAUUCUCAGUGGAUCUGUUUGCAUAUAUGAGUGUGAAUUUGAUAUGUUUCGAGCUACGGUGCAGGGGUUACGCCACACUAGGUAGUGCUGGUGGAUCGGACUUGUUUCAGUAAACCUAUUUUAUGCUAGUGUUGAUGGUGUGUGCACUUUCUGUCUCACUCACAGAGGCCUGCUUGGUUGUGGUGUCAUCAUAUUCUCCUACCACACACAUUUUUAAAAAACCCACGAUCAAACGAGUCAAAUUGUCCGUAACCACCUGAACAUGAAACGAUUAGGACACUGCCAUUCACUUAUAAUGUAGUAAAGACUUAAAUCGCACUUCUUCACACAUAUUUUGAUCGACAGAAUAUUUUCCACGUUAAGCAGACACAGAUUAAGCCUUUUUUCACUUUAAGUCAAGAAUUUGGCUACCAAGUGCUGUGUUUGUUGUUUAAUUGUAUGUUUUCUAGUAAAAAUUUGUUUAGUCUGAACCAUUUCAAGUUUGCGUGUAUGAGUGUGUGUACACAGGUUGUUUAUAGCCCACAAAUAGAAAGUUUCUCCUGAUUGCUUGACCUCUUUUUCCUUGAGAUGAUGCUCAAAGUGCAGACUGGCGUGCCAGCUGCUGUUUGUUGACUGUUUAUUAUCUACUUAAACAAAUCUACACUUAAAGUCAGUGUAGGCGAAGUGGACGUGGUUGCUUUUAUGAACUGAUGCCGUUUGGUGCGAUUAGUCGCAGCCCACUGCAGAGAGUGAAACCAUUGUCUGUCACAAAGACUGUGGGUUUGUGGUGAGUGUCCGGAAAAAAACGUCAUUGUGCUGUGUGACAUUUUCACACCAGUGUUGGUGAUGUUUUCCAAGAUCAGGUCAUUUUUUUCCGUCCCUCAUUCAGCAGUGUGGUGGGUAGAUUUUCACUCUGAUAAUUUCAGGUUAGUACUGUAUUCAUCUUUCAGUCAUCAGUUUAACAUCCAACACUUAAUGAAGUCAUGUUUGAGGAAAUUUGCCUUUUUAAAUUGUAAAAGGAAGAGUUCUGCAUUUUAGGAAACUCGCUCUAGUUGCACUCUUACUGAGAGUUGGAUAAGAAGAUCGAUACUCAUGUUUGUGCAGCUCGUUAUUUUAGCAGGAAACGGGCAAACGGCUAGUCUGGCUCUGUGCAAAGCUAACAAAACUCACCGUCCAGCACCUCUGAAGCUCAUGUCUAAUGCUGCAUUCAGCUGAUGUCCUUUUGACUGUUAUAACGAUCGAAUAAUUUGCAUGCAAAUUUAGCAAAAAUUUAACAUGUUUUUUUCACAAAUUCUGCAAAAGAAAAAGUGAAAUAUAGCAGCAGGCUGCAAUCCUUUUUCAAGCCCUUUCUCGGGCAACAGAACGAAGCAGCGCAACUGCCAAAAUAAAAGGUGCAUGCAACAGAACCAGGUUUCAGGCUUCACAAAGCUGAGCAAAGUCACUUCAGCUUGUUAAAUUCUGUCUGAAGGAGUGAAACCAAUCACACACUCAAAGUCUCACCUAUUUGCUUCCCCCUUAUCGGAUGUGAACAAAACUCGGUGUGUACGUUCAGGACCUAGCGCAGGCCGAGUGAAAGCCAAUUUCCUGCUUAGCCCCGUCCUUGGGGAUUUUUUUUUUUUUCCAUUUAUGGCGGCUGAUCUUGCACAUUUAUAAUAGAAAUGUGCAUUUCUGUCCCACAAGGUCAUAAACCAAAUUUGGUGUUGAUCAACAAAAAGGUCUAUUCAUAAUACUGUUUUUAACAUUAUGCAAAUUAGCAAUAAAUCCAUCAUGGUGAACCUUUAUGUAUCUAACUUCUCUAACUCUGCAGGAAAGCGGAUAAGCACAUUUCCCAAAAUGUUGAACUUUUCCUCACUAAGUCCAGCUGAUGAGCGGCACCGGCCCUCAUGGCAGAGCUGAUGAGUCAUGUCCAUUUUUGCAAAAACUAAUUUCCGUGGAAACUCUUUGUGUUUGUGGGCGCUGAUGGUUGACUGAAAUGUGACACCACACCGAUUGGCUUCCUGCCUCGUGCAGGUUUGUUCAUGUACAAAAAGGUUCUCUGUCCAAUCUAGCAGUGUAGUCACAAGACAAUCUAUAUGAGAAAUGAAAACCUGCACCCCUGUUACUUGUUGUGUACAAUGUUUUUUAGAAUCUCACUAUUUUUGGAUUAAUUUGUGCUGGUGACAGUUCCAUUGUCUAUUAUUAUGAUGAUAUUAUUAUGGAGCUUUUAUUUUAUUGCUAUUUUUGUGUAGGAUAGUUUUUAUUUUCUCUUAUUUUAUCUUCCUUAUCAUAAACAUAUAGUACUGGUUUCCUUUUUUUAAAACAACUUGCUGAAAAUUGCACGAUCAGUUAUUGUGGUAUUAGCAAAUGCAAUGAAGGAAAUACCAGUUAAAUGCUGCAAUUUUAAUUAAGAUAUAGAAUAUAUUUAUAAAAAUGGGAAACAACUGAAAUUAGUAAUUCAUGAAAUUUGAAAAAAAAAAAAGUAAA